AUGUUCAAUAACUAUUUGAAUGCUUCCCUGGAUGAGUUCAUGGAGGAGAUGCUUGGCUCUGUAUUCGUCUACGUCAACACCUACAACAUUAUCAGCCAAGUCAUUGACGAACCUGCUUCCUUCGGAAUAGAAGUGAUCAAUGCGUCUUGCUGCUAUGUGGAGGGCACUGAAGGGAUCACAUGUGAAGAGGACGGGAGCCCGUUCCCGAACAGGAGCAUCUACCUCUACUACGAUAGGGCGCACCUCACAGAGAAGGUGUACAACUAUCUCUCCACAAGGGCUUACCUUUCUAAUCUGAGCAGCGAAGUUCACCCUAUCAAUGUCAAGACGCUUGCGAACAUCACCUUCAACUCCACGCUCUACAAUAUGCCGUAUAACCUAUGUCCAGUGGAGGGCUUGAACAUUGAGGGGCUCCCGAUCUCCGGCCGAGAGGAGCUCCGGCCGGCUAGUUAA